CCCAUCAAGUUCUGGGCAGUUCCACCCGCCCUGGUGGCCCAGCCCCUCCACUUGUGCCAAGGAAUGUGCCUGGGAGAGGCAGCUCGAGAGACAGGCGGGGCAGCAGAGCCGUGGCCACCGGAGGCAGCACACAGGUCAACGUGGAGGUACCAGGUCACCAUGCUCAGUCUCAAGCUGCCCCAACUCCUUCGCGUUCACCAGGUCCCCAGGGUGUUCUGGGAAGACGGCAUCAUGUCUGGCUACCGCCACCCCACCAGCUCGGCCUUGGACUGUGUCCUCAGCUCCUUCCAGAUGACCAACGAGACCGUCAACAUCUGGACUCACUUCCUGCCCACCUGGUACUUCCUGUGGCGCCUCCUGGCACUGGCGGGAGGCCCCGGCUUCUGGUCGGAGCCCUACCACUGGCCGCUGCUCAUCUUCCUGCUGCCUGCCUGCCUCUACCCAUUCGCGUCGUGCUGCGCGCACACCUUCAGCUCCAUGUCGCCCCGCGCGCGUCACAUCUGCUACUUCCUGGACUACGGUGCGCUCAGCCUCUACAGCCUGGGCUGCGCCUUCCCCUAUGCCGCCUACUCCAUGCCGGCCUCCUGGCUGCACAGCCGCCUGCACCAGCUCUUUGUCCCCACCGCCGCACUCAAUUCCUUCCUGUGCACCGGCCUCUCCUGCUACUCCCGGUUCCCGGAGCUAGAAAGCCCUGGGCUCAGUAAGAUCCUCCGCACAGCCGCCUUCACCUAUCCCUUUCUGUUUGACAACCUCCCGCUCUUCUAUCGGCUCGGACUGUGCUGGGGCAGGGGUCCGAGCUGUGGGCAGGAGGCGCUGAGCACCAGCCACUGCUACCACCUCUUCUGCGCACUGCUCACUGGCUUCCUCUUCGCCUCCCACCUGCCUGAGCGGCUGGCACCAGGACACUUUGACUACAUUGGCCACAGCCACCAGCUGUUCCACAUCUGUGCAGUGCUGGGCACCCACUUCCAGCUGGAGGCGGUGCUGGCUGAUAUGGGAUCUCGCCGAGCCUGGCUGGCCACACAGGACCUGCCCCUGGGCCUGAUGGGCACGGUGGCCACACUGGGCUUGGUGGUAGCUGGGAACCUGCUCAUCAUCACCGCUUUCACAGCUUCCCUAUUUCGGGCCCCCAGUACAUGCCCCCUGCUGCAGGGUGGCCCACUGGAGGAGGGUACAAAGGCCAAACUACAGUGAGGCUCCAGCUCUGAGCCUACCCUGGAGGGAGGCAGAAGGCUAGGCCCCGGUGCUGGGGAGAAGCCCAGCCCCAGGCCUGAUAAGGAGGGGACACAUCUGAGCCUGGAACCAAGAGUGGCUGAGAAAGAGCGCAGAGGUGAGAAGGCAGAGGAGAGGUGUGGGGCUGGGGGGCUGGGGGGCUGGGAGAGAGCAGGAGGGCUGGUAAGGGUGCACUAGAUGGGCUGGGGAAGUGCUGAGGGUCUGAGAGGGGAGUGCGUGUCCAGGCGGUAGCUGCCCCACCCACCACUGGAGGCUGGGAUGGGAGGGCCUUGGACCCUUUCAUCUGGUCCCAUUUCUGGUGCUCCUGGAGUCUCUGCUCAGCCCAGGGAAGAACUAACAUGACUAACCAGGCCCAUCCCAAUGCUUGUUAACCAGGCUGGGAGGCCCACUAUUGCCCCCACCCCCACACCAGGCAGUAUCAUCUGCUGGCAGCUCUUUGCCUAUAAAGAUGAGGCCAUCUGUCCUGGUCACAGCUGUGUACUCCUGGUGUCCAGGCCUUUGGGGUCUGGUCUAUUUGAGUAUGUCACGGAUGGUGCAGUGGGUUGAGGUCGGGGAGUGUGCUGGGCUAGAGAGGGGAACCCUAGUUAGACUUUAGGAAGCCACCUACAAUGCUUCUAGAACAAGACAGGAACAAAUAAAUAAGCAUCAGAUUUUGCUAAAGCA